AAGUUCGAUUCCGACAGAAAUCGCAUUUCAGUAGACCCAUGUGUGCUGUUUCGUUACAAGUAUUACAUUUUAUUAUUCAAGCAAAUAGAAAUUGGUAACAAUUUGUUUAAGUCAAUAUUAUUGCGAACAGAUCCAAUAUGAACAUCACUAAUGUAAAACGAAAAAAUCAACGAUGGUAGAUAAUAUCAAAUCUUGUGUGUGACCAUUGGAAUGGGUGUAUAUUUUGUUCACUGUACAAGACCAAAUGCUGAGUUAUCAAUAGUACUGAAUCAUAGGCAGAAUAAAGGCUACAUUGCAAUUCAAACUACAUUGAUAAAAGAGAGCUGUGAAGAGAGAGGUUUGAAUUGUACUAUGCCCGGUAUAACUGAUAAAGCAUAAUAUUGCUGAUAAUCAAAACAAUUCAAAUUACCGAAAAUCUAAUCUACCAUAAAGGAGUAAAAACUACAAAAAUUGCUGAAAAAAUUCUGCCAGCGGUGUAGACAUAUGUGUUGACAUCUGAACAUACAGUCAGUCUGCAUAACAGUGGUGGUCCGAUUAGUUUAUACACGAAUGCAUGCUCCUCAUCAUAUAAUAGUUUUACAUUUGAGCCGUUUUUAUACGAAAUGAAUUUUCUGUUGAGAUUCAUAGUUUUUUUACUUGAUCCGUCUGGCUUGGGACGCCGCUUAUUAAUCCGUCCUGCACUCAGAGUAGGACACAAUGUCUACGAUGGUUUUAAGACAAGAGCUGAUGAAAAAGUUGGCACUAUGAAGGAAUUGGUACUGCGUGUCGGAUUAAUCGCAUUCGUGGUGGUACUGAUUAUUUGGAUAGCAGUAUUCAUGUACGUCGCAUUCUAUUAUACAUACAUGCCGGCCAUAUCGCACACGCGUCCAGUACAUAUGCAAUUCAAAUCUUGUUUGGAUUCAACAACACCUUGUACAUUUCCACACGCACAUGUUUCGCUCACAAAGAAGCAACAACUCCUAAUGGUAGGUCAAGCUUAUCGCGUGGUUGUGCAAAUCGAAAUGCCAGAAUCGCCGCAGAAUUUAGAUUUGGGCAUGUUUAUGGUAUGUGGGGAAAUGCGAGAUACCAAUGCUCUAUUGCGUGGACAGUCUUGUCGUUCAGCCAUGAUGCGGUAUCGUUCUCCUCUUAUUCGUAUAAUUAGUACAUGGGCGUUAAGUCCAUUCUUUGUCCUUGGCUUGAAAGAGGAAUUUCAGCGUGUGGCAGUUGAAGUUUUUGCGAAUUAUUUAGAAGAACGACAACAUCCAAUUACAGACGUUUAUGUUGAGAUACAGUCUCAAAAGAUACAGUUUUAUACCGUUUCCUUGCAUAUAGUCGCUGACUUCACUGGACUUAGGUACAUUAUGUACAAUUGGCCAAUAAUAUCGGCCGUUGUUGCAAUCAGCACCAAUUUGUUCUUUAUUUUGGUGAUAUUCCUACUAAGUUGGUAUCAUUGGUCUGACACAACUUGGUUGCACAAUUUACGUCAAAAAUACGGACGGAUUACCGAAACAAUACAGCGCAAAGCAAGUAAAGCGAUUGAGUCUAAAAGCGGGUUUCGAGAUGAUGAGGAUCUAAACUUCCUCGAUGACAAGUCCAUUGGCUCAGAAAUUGAAGAGAUUGGGGGCAGCAGCGAUAGUCGCAGCAGCAGCAAAGAAGAGUUGCUUGGUAGUAAGCCCAAAACAAGUAAUGAAGAGGAGCAACUUCGUCAGCGUAGACCGCGAGAAAAAUUUUAAAUUUUCAAGGCUUAAUAAGGUCGUUAAAAAAAACGGAAUACGAUUAGACUGAUAUUUUAGAAUACCUAACCUUAUUAGUGUGCAUGAAAAGGAACGUUAAUAAGCAGACUUUUGUGUUUAUAAAUUCGAAGUCAAAUUAAAAAUACCUUCAAGCAUUCUAGUUGUUAGCAAAAUUAUACAUACAUACGUAUGUAUUUGCUUAAAAAUUUUUAAAAUAUUUUUUUUAUACUUAUUAAUUGCUAGUAAUCUUCUUGGAGUAUAUACAUAUAUAGUAUAUAUGUAAUUCAAUAUGGAAGAUUUUUCUCAGAAGGUUCAAAGAUAUACAUAGUAUAAAUGAAUAAAAGUGAUGAAUAUGAAA